GGGGAGGGUGUCUUGGACUAUACCGGCCAGAAGAUGACGGCUCUCACCGACAAGGCCCAUUUCCGCCCUAGCCAUUGCUGCCCCAUCGACGUUGCAACAUCGUCGCUCACGAGCCUCGUAGAGCUCGACGAGGAAGCAGGCGAAUGAUCGAACCUAGCGAAGUGAGACUGCACACUUGCAUGUGCAACGCGACGUACCGGUUGUGUGUCGCAUGGACGGCUGGGGGACUACUGGUCGACACCCUCCUUGAGAGCGCUGCCCGCUCCAAUAAACAUUGGCAUAAGUAUGCGAAAAGGGUUGCCUGCAGAUCGUAAGGUAGUUCAUGCAUGAUGAGUACGAGUGUGCCGCCAUUGGUCAGUGCUCGAGGGUGAGCGUGAGCGCAGCGUUGACCAAGCGCCUGCAUAUAUGGACCUCGUCGCGUACCUGGGCAGCGACCACCCACACACGCCAGGAGGCACGGCCAGAGCACCGAGUAAGUACCAGAGCAUCGGACAGAGCGACAACGACCCCAGAGAGCGAAGACUACCAGCACCAACGAGGAAACCAUCAUUCCAGUAUCGAGAUGCCAGUGAUCAGUCAACUGCGUCCGUUCCGCUUCAUCGAUAACGCAACGAAGCGAUAUGCAAGGGCCUACAAGCAGGCACUGGCCCAGUUCGAGGGUGCAUCGUUCGUCGAGAAGGGGGUGAUCUGGCGCAAGCUUGUCCAGAAGUUGGACAGAGAGUGGAUGAUCUUCAUGAGGAUUGCGGGCGCAUGCGCAACGUCAGUCAUAGGGCUGCUAUCGACGUCGAGCAUCCCAUCGGGUCCACUCACCUUCGCUUUCGGGAUGGUGUGCGUCGAAGCAUCUGCCUUCUGUUUCGCAUACUGUGUGGUGUAUCGCAUUUACAUGCCGCGUAUGAAUGAACACCUGCGAGGCUUCGACUGGUUGGCGGAAUCGAAGGCGGUCCCCGACUCCUCAUGGAAGUCGGCCCCGCGACUACUCACGGUGCCCGCGGGGUGGAUGGCAUGUGCUACAGUGACCUUCGUGGCGUUCCUUCUGACCGAGCUGUGGGUGGGCAUAGGAGGAGAUUCGGUGGCCCAGUCUCGCAAAGGGAGUGUCGUGCUGUCUGCGAUAGCGACGAUCGAACUCGUUGGGGGCUUGAUCCAGGCAGCCUUCGUCAUGCCCGCCUUCAUGAGGUUGUACAAGCCCGUCGACAGUCUUGUCUAGCAGACGAUAUCCCCCUUUUCUGUCGUUCUGCAGGACGGCUUGCGUUU